AUGCCAGAGUAUAAUCUUGAUGAACCUACUAUGGAGGAAAAACUAGCAACCCUGAAUCUGAUCAAUAGAGAGAAUGGAAUGAGUGAUAGUGAAAAGCAAUCGCUCUCUAUGGCACCACCAAGUGCAGAUUCAGUCCAUAUCUUGCUGAAGCAAGCGCUUCGUGCUGAUGAUAACGUAGCAUUGUUAACUUGCUUGUAUAAUAGAGAUGAGAAGGUUAUCACAAAGUCUAUAUCACUCCUAACACCAGCAGAUGUUGUGAAGCUUCUCAAGUUCUUUGUGUUGCAAAUACAAUCUAGGGGCGCAGUGUUGGUUUGUUUACUCCCAUGGCUGCAAACUUUACUAAAUCGACACAUGAGCAGCAUAGUGUCUCAGGAGUUUUCUCUGUCAUUGCUCAACUCGCUCUACCAGCUUAUUGAUGCAAGAACAUCAACAUUCAAGUUGGCAUUGCAACUCUCCACCACUCUAGAUUACCUUUUCAGCGAGAUUGCUGAUGAUGAAGCUGAUGAGGAGGUGCCUCCACCGAUAAUUUAUGAAGACAAGGACACUGAUGAUGAAGAGUCUGAAGUUGAUGCUAUGGAAGCCGACAGAGAAGAGACUGAAGAGCUAGGUGAUGUUACUGAUGCCUCUGAAAAUUCAGAUGGAAGUGAGAUCAUGAGCGACUGA